CUCAGAGCCACGUCGUCUGGGUACAUUGGUGACCUAGGAGCCACGGGGGUGUCUCAGGUCAUCUCCCCCUGGCAGGGUCUGGGGCUGGAGUUCCUGUUGACCUUCGUGGUGGUGUUUGUCUUCUUCGCCUCCGUCAACCCCUACAGGAGGAACUUCGGUAACCCUGCUGUGGCCAUCGGCCUCGCCUACCUCGCCUGCACACUUGUCGGACUGCCUCUGACGGGCGCUUCAAUGAACCCAGCUCGCUCCCUGGGUCCUGCCUUCGUCAAAAACAAAUGGGACGCACACUGGGUGUACUGGGUGGCUCCUCUGCUAGGAGGGGUGACUGCUGGCCUCAUCUACGAGUACAUCUUCAACCCUCAUAGACUCCCACGCUCACGCAAGGACUCCAUCGAUGGAGAUUCAUCUAGUGUUGGGAGUGAUGAAGAUCCAUAUGAUGAGUGUUCCAAACCUCCACCGCGCUACAACUACAAUGCCCUCCGAGCCCAACACUAUGACCAGUACCGACCCGCCAAUACCUCCAACACUACCUCCCCCUUAGGCUAUCCAGUAAGCAUGUAUGGGCAUGCAGGGACUCCUUCUGUGUACAAUGCCUCUACAUACAAAUAUGAAAAUGGCUACACCACCAACAAAGAUGAUAUUUAUUCUGGUUCCAAGAGUCUGUAUGCCAAGUCUCCGCCGAUGCCACGUUCUACAUCUCUCAACCGUUCCCAGUCUGUCUAUACCAAGCCACCACCACCUCGCAUGGACAACUAUUCCAGGAAUCUUGCUCAGUCGCAGAGUCUGUGCCCCAAGCCUUCUGCCGGAUUCACUGCUCUGUCCCACUCAGACAGUAUAUACAAGAACAACCCUCGCCAGGACACACUCUAUGUCACAAGUAAAUCUGGGAUUGUUAAGCCAGAGCCGGUCUAUGGUACAGCAACCUACACCAAGCAGAAUGACUCGGGUGACUCAAACUAUUCAACGUACCGAGGCUCUGCCAGUUACAGCUCGUCACGCUCUUCUAACCCAGGCCCACCAAUACCCAUGAGUCGUACUCGCAUUGACAAUCUCACUCCCAAUUCAGUUGCUUCAGCCCACUCUGGUCAUGCAACACCAAGCUCUACAACUUUGUGCUACUCUCCUAAUCCCCAGUAUUGAAAUCUGAAUAGAGAUUGUAGAUGUGUCUUCAAUGAGGCAUAAGCUAUGACGGUUCUUGAAGCUUUCGGUAGUCAUGCUACUAAUGACAUAGAAUUUUCUUCAUCAAAUAAGCACCAGAAUUUGUGAGGUCAAACAUCAGUAUAGUUUAGAAUAUGAGGAAAAUUUAAUGUGAAUGUAUUGCUGUAAAAAAUAAACUUAUUUGUACUGAAAGUGGAACUUAUAUUUUAAAGACAGUUUUUUUACAUAACAGAUGCAGUCAAACUCUCCUCAAUACAUAGAGCCAACUGAUAUUUUCUAAUUAAAUUUACUGGUUUGUGAACUCCACUACAGGUUCGAAUGUUUGAAAAUUGUGUGCUUCCAUGAUGAUGCUUCAUAUUUAGGGCUUUCCAAAAGCCUACAUACAGUGUAGAUAGUUUUUAUGAUAU